AUGGCAGUCCUCUACUCCAUGCUUCUGCCACUGGGGCUGUUUCUGAACCUCAGACUGCAGUUUUCUUCAACCACCUCUACAAAUUACAGUAACAACUGCAUGGUCUUCGAUGCAGUUUUCACUACCACCGGCCCAGGCAUUGAGACCUAUUCGAAUAGCUACGAAAGCAACACCACCUACGUAGUAUGGGUUCCUGUAAAUAGCAAUGUCAGUGCUGUGGUCAUGCAAGCCAUGGACAAGAACAAGAACUCAGUGGGCUUCUGGCAAGGAGCAGACAAGCAGUGCAACGGCAGUUCCCUGUAUUACGUGAAAAACCAAAAUGACAUGUUCUUAGACACAAAUUGGACGUCUCCGAAUUCUGAGAGCAUCACUGAAGUUGAGCUACAGUAA